UGGAGGCCUUACUAGAGGAGUAUAAUUACCUCAAUAUGCAACUAGAAGCAAUAAAAUCAGCCACAUGCAACUUCGAUGAUAGGAAGGUCAUUGGAAAAGGUGGAUUCGGGAAAGUGUACGAAGGAAUACUCUCUCACUCUAAAGGGAAUGCUACCAUGGUUGCUUUCAAGCGUCUGGAUCGUAACUAUGGGCAAGGAGUCCCCGAGUUCUUGAAAGAGAUCUUAAUGCUUUCUCGGUACAAACAUGAAAAUCUCAUCACUCUGGUUGGAUUUUGCGACGAAAAUGGUGAAAAGAUCCUUGUGUAUGAGCAUGCAUCCAAUGGAAGCCUUGAUCGCCACUUAAGUAGCACUACUCUCACAUGGAGGCAACGUCUCAAGAUAUGCAUUGAUGCCGCAAAGGGACUUCGCUACCUUCAUGAUCCCAAGGAGACACAACAAAGAGUUCUCCACCGAGAUAUAAAAAGUUCCAACAUUUUGCUAGAUGAGAAUUGGAAUGCUAAAGUUUCAGACAUGGGACUAUCCAAGAUAGGACCUGCAAAUCAGAUGCACACCUUUCUUGUUUCCAAUGUUGUAGGUACCCCUGGAUAUAUAGAUCCUCUCUAUAUGGAUACUUACUCCCUAACGAAAGAGUCAGAUGUAUACUCUUUUGGUGUGGUGUUAUUUGAAGUAUUGUGUGGGAAACUAUGCUUUGAGUAUAACAAUGGUCGUUGGCAAAGUUUAGUGCAAUUUUGGAAAAAGUGCUACAAACAAAAGAAACUAACUGAGAUUAUCUUUGAAGAUCUGAAGCAACACAUAGAUCCCAGUUCAUUGGAAACAUUUUCAGACAUUGCCUUUCAAUGUUUGCAGAAAUCUCGUGAAAGACGACCAAAGAUGUCUAAUGUUGUUGAAAAACUUGAGAUUGCGCUUUUGUUUCAGGAGAUAUCUGAAGACUGUGAAGAGAUCGGUAAACGUGUUGUGCCUCCUCUGGUUUACAGAUACAAUGAAGAACUAAAGAUGCGUCUCUCCGAAGGAUUCCUCUUCAAUGGGGGCAAAACGGUAAUCAGCUAAACGACUAUUAGAUAAAUGUACCGAUUUCCUAACUUGAGCUCUUUUAAUGGACAGCGGUUUUGGUUAAAUAAGAAUGGAGAACGUUGUGAAAUGAUCUCCGCAGAAGAAUGUUUGAUUCCUGUUCACUUUGCAUCGCCUACGUUUUUUUAUUAUGGUGGAAGGAAUUCAAGAUUUCAAAUGGACUUCCAUAAACCAUAUUAUUGGGAUUUUAAGAUACAUUUAAGAACACAAUUUUUAUCACCAAAUAUCAUGUACAAAGUAAACCUUGUGUUCAAUUUUGGCUCCAGAACAGAGUAUUACUUAGGCUUCAAUUACAUAUUGGAUGGGGUGACAUACUCUUCGACUUCAUACCUUGUAGAGGAGAGAGAAGAUAGAUGGUGGAUGACUGAAUUGUUUCAAUUUACCUGCGAUAGCAGAAAAUUUGAUCUUGAAAUUAUGUUUCAAUGCAAAAACCCAUUGGCAGUAAAAGGCAUUAAGUUUCAGCCCCUAGAGAGGUUCAAUGGAAACACAAGUCAAAUAUUAUUUUCAACAGUGAAUCAAGAUUGGGUUUUUGACAAAUGUUGUGACAAAUGUGUGAAAUGGAGACUUCUUCCACCUGAUGUGAAUCCUUCCCCAUUUCCUGAAAAAUGGAAAUGUAGCAUGCUGGAUUGACUGUAAGUUCUUUAGUGAGGAAGAGACCACAAAUGCUAUAAUUUCUCACAUUCCUGAUCUUGUGAUUCAAGUUUUAUUCAUUUAAAUCAUUGUUUAAUGUUGUUCUUAGUGUUUGAAAUAUUCUUAAAAAAUAAAUGAACCCCAUGAACAUUUCGGUAGUAUCACAUUGAAAUUAUGGUGAUCAACAAGGUAU